CUGUUUGAUGAAACGCCUUUCUGAGUUUUUGCUGUCUUUCUCAGUUCUUUCCUUUUUUUCCAUAAUUUUUUUUUUGGUGAUUUUGAUACUAUUUGUGGUUUAGAUUAUGAUAAACGUGAAAAUUUGGAGAAUUCCAAUUUGGUUUUUUUUUGGUUUUGUUUUUGUUUUUGUUUUUAUUCUGUUAGCUGUGGUUUUCAGUAUCCACAACCUGUUUGAUGAAAUGCCCAAGUGACUACAGCUACAUCUUUUGUUUUACGGGAUCAUCAACUGUAAUUUCCCUACAAAAAAAAAUAAUAAUAAUUGAAGAGGCUUUAAUUCUAUUAGAUAAAGGUUCAUUUUGUUACUUAGCUUUUCAGAAUUAAAGGAACUGUGUUGGAGAAUGAGAGUUGAAUCAUAAAUGGAGUGUGUGGUACAAGGGAUCAUCGAGACGCAGCAUGUUGAGGCCCUUGAGACUCUUCUCCAGGGUCUAUGUGGUGCUCCGAAAGAGCGUGUCAGGGUUCAUGAGCUAUGCCUCAAAAGUGGACCAAACCUCGGUGUGGUGCCCUCGGAGGUCCGUCUCUUGUGUGAUUUAGCACUCCCCACACCAACUUGGACUGUCAGACAUGUCGGAGGUGCCGUGAGAGGCGCAGCAGCUGAGCAAAUCUGCGUGCAAGUGCGACAAGUAACAGAGAGCAAAGCGAGCAAUAAUGUGCUACGCUUCUUCUAUGCCCUGGGAUACAAAUUAGACCACGAGCUUCUGAAGGUGGGUUUCGCCUUCCGUCUCCAGCGAGGAGCACAAAUCACUGUAACUGUGACUUCUGCAUAUAAAAUGCCGAAGCUUCAUUCCACCGACGAAGCCGUGCUCAUUACUCCUAGCAUACAACUGGUGGAAAUUACGGCACCUGCCGCAGCAGAUAACUAUAACGAAGUUGUAUCUGCCGUUACUUCCUUGUGCGAGCAUUUGGCUCCGCUACUGCAUCUGUCAAAGCCCGGCGUUUCAACUGGAAUUGUUCCGACCGCUGCUGCAGCUGCAGCUUCUCUCAUGUUGAAUAGCGGCGGUAAAACCUUGUAGAUCACUGCAGAUUUUUUCUCUUAGUUAUGAAGAUUGUACUAAAGAGAUCUCUGUCAACUGGUGUUGUUCAUGUUGCGUUACCGCAGGUACCGAAACACGUGAUUUAAGAAAACUUAUCUAUGUAUUCAGUGGUAAUGCUCCUUUUUUUUUUUUAUCAAGUAUAUUUAUUUGACAAAUGAUUUUCAGAGGUAAUGUGUUCAUGGUGGGUUGAGAAGAACAAGAAAGUGAACUCUGCAUAAUAUAGAAAACAAGGGACUAGAGAAACAUAAAUCAACAA